AUGCCCGCCCCGCAGUGCGCCUCCUGCCACAAGGCGCGAGCCGCCCUCCGCCGUCCGCGCUCGGGCCAGGCGCUGUGCGCCACCUGCUUCUGCACCGCCUUCGAGGCCGAGGUGCUGCACACGGUGGUCGCGGGCCGCCUGCUGCCGCCCGGCGCCGUGGUGGCCGUGGGCGCCUCGGGCGGCAAGGACUCCACUGUGCUGGCACACGUGCUGCGCGAGCUGGCCCCGCGCCUGGGCAUCUCGCUGCACCUCGUGGCCGUGGACGAGGGCAUCGGCGGCUACCGGGACGUGGCGCUGGCGGCCGUGCGGCGGCAAGCAGCACGCUGGGGGCUCCCGCUCACCGUCGUGGCCUACGCAGAGCUCUUCGGGGGCUGGACGAUGGACGCCGUGGCCCGCAGCACGGCCGGCUCCGGCCGCAGCCGCUCCUGUUGCACCUUCUGUGGGGUGCUGCGACGCCGGGCGCUAGAGGACGGGGCGCGCCGCGUGGGAGCCACGCACGUCGUGACGGGACACAACGCGGACGACAUGGCGGAGACGGUGCUCAUGAACUUCCUGCGGGGCGACGCGGGCCGGCUGGCGCGGGGCGGGGGCCUGGGCUCUCCGGGCGAGGGGGGCGCCCUGCCGCGCUGCCGCCCGCUGCAGCUGGCCUCGCAGAAAGAGGUGGUGCUGUACGCGCACUUCCGCCGCCUGGACUACUUCUCCGAGGAGUGCGUGUACGCGCCCGAGGCCUUCCGCGGCCACGCGCGCGAGCUGCUCAAGCUGCUGGAGGCGGCGCGGCCGUCGGCGGUGCUGGACCUCGUGCACUCGGCCGAGCGCCUGGCGCUGGCGCCGGCCGCGCGGCCCCCGCCCCCCGGCGCCUGCUCCCGCUGCGGGGCGCUGGCCAGCCGCGCGCUCUGCCAGGCCUGCGCCCUCCUGGACGGCCUGAACCGCGGCCGGCCCCGCCUGGCCAUCGGCAAGGGCCGCCGGGGGCUGGACGAGGAGGGGCCGCCGGGUGGCGGCGGGCCACAGCCGUCCGGACCCCCGACUUCGGAGUCCGUCCCCGGCUUCUGGAGACUCCAGUUCUCCGCUGGGAUCCGACGACGUGGGAGUGCGGGGCCGCCUGUAAAUGACACUGUGAAGGUACCCGAGUUACCUUAGCGCGGGCUUCGGUGUGAGGUUGGGAAGGGGUCGGAACCCCUUACCUG